GGUAUUUGUACUAUCAAAGAUAUAUAAGAGAGAAAAUGGCGGUCUGCCCAGAACAAGAACACCCCACCAAGGCCUUCGGAUGGGCUGCCAGAGAUUCAUCUGGUGUUCUCUCUCCCUUCAAAUUCUCUAGAAGGGCAACAGGAAAAAACGACGUGACAUUCAAAGUAUUAUAUUGUGGGAUAUGUCAUACAGACCUUAGCAUGCUCAAGAAUGAAUGGGGUGUUUCUAUGUAUCCUCUACUUCCUGGGCACGAGAUUGUUGGUCAAGUGACAGAGGUGGGCAGCAACGUAGAGAAAUUCAAAGUUGGAGACAGUGUUGGUGUUGGAUAUCUUGUCGGAUCUUGCCAAUCUUGUGAUAGUUGUAGCAACAAUGCUGAGAAUUACUGCCCCGAAAUGAUACUCACGGGCGGUGCCAAGUACUAUGAUGGAUCCACAACAUAUGGAGGUUACUCCAACAUCAUGGUGGCCGACGAGCACUUCGUAAUUCGUAUCCCGGACAACCUGCCACUUGAUGGUGCUGCUCCUCUCCUAUGUGCUGGGGUUACAACUUACAGCCCCUUGAGAUAUUUCGGACUUGACAAGCCCGGUAUGCAUGUGGGUGUGGUUGGCGUAGGCGGUCUUGGCCAUGUGGCCGUAAAGUUUGCAAAGGCUAUGGGGGUUAAGGUCACAGUGAUCAGCACCUCCCCUAAUAAGAAAAAGGAAGCCAUUGAAAACCUUGGUGCUGAUUCCUUUUUGGUCAGCCGCGACAACGGCCAAAUGCAGGCUGCCAUGGGCACCAUGGAUGGUAUCAUUGACACAGUUUCUGCUGUCCACCCCCUCUUGCCUUUGCUUGGUUUAUUGAAGACUAGUGGGAAGCUUGUUUUGGUUGGAGUACCAGCGAAGCCUCUUGAGCUACCUGUUUUUCCUUUGAUCAGUGGAAGGAAGAUAGUGGCUGGUAGUACUGUUGGAGGUCUGAAGGAGACACAAGAGAUGAUUGAUUUUGCAGGUAAACACAACAUAACAGCUAACGUCGAGGUUAUCCCAAUUGAUUAUGUGAACACUGCUAUGGAGCGUCUCAUUAAAGCAGAUGUUAGAUACCGUUUCGUCAUCGACAUUGCAAACACAUUGAAGUCAAGCUCUUAAAUUUUGCACCCAAACAUACUCAUAUCAUGGAAUAAUAAGAUUCGAAACUAAAUUUGAUUUUGUUGUAUACUAUAUGGUGAAAAUUUAACCUUGUUUAUGAGCACAAUGUAUUAAGCUACAUUCUGAUUAAUUUGUGUGUGAGGUUAUGGUCUUUUCUUAUUUAUAAUCUUUCUAUGCAUGAAGUUAAUUAGGGUGUUUCAACAGAAAAAUUAAGUUUCGUUCAAUGUCUCUUUCUUUUAAUUUGUUUCAAAAUUGGUCAGAUUUGGUUUAAACAGUUUGGUUCUUGAUUUGAAAAUACAAAAUUGGUGAUUUCAUUUAAUCAAACGGCCUUUCUUAUUUAUUUCUAAUUUUUUAAUUUUUUUGCAAAUCCUUACAUCUUCCACGUGAAAAUACCCCUUGGUGUGGCUUAUCUUUUACCAAAACUGAGUGUUUCUAGAAAACAUAAAAGUUUUUGACAACAAUAAAAUGUUUCUUUAGGAAGCUCAAAUAUGUAGCCUACUUGCACGCUGCCGCCUCAUAGCCUUAAUGUUGAAGCUAUAAGAUCUACUCCAC